AUGGACAUCGGCCGGCCCCGUAGGGGCAAGAAGGCGUUCAGCAACGACACAGACGACUUCCUCAAAGCCAUCGCCGGCAUCGAGAAGAAUCGCAAGAAAACCCUCGGGCCCUCCUAUCUCUGGCCCCAAGAAACCCAAAAGACAAUGCAGCACGCCGAGAAGCAGAUGAAGGCAAAGAUCGCCCGCAAGGCACCCAAGUUCCUCACGCAUACCAACCUUCUGAAGCAGCGACAGCAAACCGAGCGCAUCCGCGUGAGCAACCUCGUCAGGCGAGCCCGAACCGAUUUCGAACUCUGGAACAUCCUCGAGACCGAGGUUUUCGCCCCUGUCCGCGCCUUGCGACUCGACGACGACGACGCCGCCGCCGUCGCCGCCGCUGCUUCUGCUUCUACUGCCUCUAUCCCCGACGACACAAGCACAGACGCCAUCCCGAAAACAGUCGCAACACUCGCCGAUCUAGCACAAUCCCGCAGCAGAGCAUCGUACACCAACGCGCCGCAUCUCGCCAUCAUCGGCCCAACCUACCCAUCCGUCAUGGUCCUCGCGCUGCGCGUACUACGACACCGCUUCCCCUCCUCGACCCUCCCGCUCAGCGUCCUGCCAGCCAUGCGCUCGCUCGGCCGCAGCAGCUUCGUCCUCGGAGCCAGCACGUCGCUCUACCACCAGCUCAUCAUCCACUACUGGCUCAAGUACUCGGACUUAUCGGGUAUCAACGCGCUGCUCGAAGAAAUGGCGAAUGGCGUUGUGGAAUUCAAUCACACGACGCUCGACCUGCUCCAGCACAUUACGCGCGAGGUGUUCCGGGCGCGGGACGGGCAGUUGGGUCCUGUUAUGAAGGCGCUGUGGGGCAUGGAUAUGUUUACGGAUGCGUUGGGCGAGAUGUGGCGGUGGAGGGAGCGGAUCACGAAGGAGUUGCCGGAUGAGAAGCCGGUUCAGAAUUGGGAUUCGGGUGAGGGGUCGGUGAUUAGGCCGGUUUAUAGGACUUUUACGAGGAAGGUCUUUACGGCGCCUAGCACGUUUUGA